AUGGCAUCUCAUGGCAAGGUCCUCGAUCUGUUCGACGACCGCUACCUGGAAUUGCAGGAUGUCAUUGGCAACGUUGAGCCGCUGCCCACACUCGUGCCUUAUGAGCAGUACAAGCAACACGCCAUCGUCUACCGCAUGGACACGAACCAUGACAUCUUCAUGGCGCUUCUACAGGACUUCACAGAGCGCAAGUCACUGGAGACGGGCAAAGAGCUGUGGACGUGGUGCGUGCAAUGGCAGGUUGAUGAAACCGCUACUCGCCAACCAGCCGUAGCACCACACUCACCCAAGAAGCCUCGUAUCGAUCCGAGACAGCCGAACAGUCCUACUAUGCAGCCAUCUUUAGGUCGUGGCGCGCCCCCAAUAACCGCCCAAGUUCGCAGAAUCGAUCCCGAGCUGAUGCAUCAGGAGGAUAUGCUGCGUAUAUUGGUCGACAUCGUCCAGGUCAACAGCACUGUGGUGCCAAAUUUCAUCGAGUUUCUAUACCGAUGGAUCGACUUCUACGAGGGAGAUGGAAAGGCCUUGAACGCGGCUCUGUAUGGAGAAAUUCCAAGCUUAUGGGACUUUGAAUAUCAUCCGAUUCUUGUUCCUGAGGACGUUAAAAAGAAAUUUGACGAGGCAAACAGUAUCACAAGAGACGGGAAGGAAUAUGGAACAGAAAUUAAGACACCAAAACACGCCAACGCAGAAGAGCUCGCUCAAAAUUCGCCCACCAAGAAGAUGCGUCAGAAGCCCGAUUUGGCGACAUUUGAGCGUAAGUUGGAAGAAAGUGAGCGUCUACAGUAUCACGAAGUACAUUUCGGCAUACAGCCUCCGAAGCUCAACGAGCCUCUGCCGCCUCUUAUCAAUAUUCCUCGGGACCGGGUCAAACGAGCGAAGUACCACGCUGCUUGCUUCAAAUCACGCCAACGCGCCCUUUACCUGCUCAUGGAAGCUGGGAUUACUCCGCAACAGUUGAAAGAUUACAAGAGGUGUCAGACAAUGAGUCUGAAACACACGCCAUCGCGCGAGGGAGCACAUGGCCUCGGAAACUACGAGAAAGAUGCGAACCUUGCGCAGAUGAUUCAGUCAGCCAAAGAGAAACAGAGAGUAAAGCAGAUGGAAAUUGCCAUCAGCAACAAGUUGGCACACGAGGCUCAGCUUGCUGCUCACAGCACUAUUUCCGCAGGUUCGUCUGGUGUGCCUCUCAUCCCUAUCAUGCCCCCAACCAUUCACAGUCUGGACAUAGCUGGCCAAAUAUCACGUGAGAUUCAGCAGACUAAGGAUGAGAGAAACCAGAAGAUCAACAUCGUUCCUGUACCACUUGUGGGUAAGAUGAAAAGCCUGCUUUUCAAAGGCGCAAUGGACAGAGCAGCCUUACUAGAGAUAUGCGGGCCUGAUGGGCGGUUAGCAAGCCCACCUUCUUCUGUCGAUACUGAUGGCCAUGGGUCGAAGAACGAAGAUGAAGGCAAUGGGAGCACCGAUGGAGACUCAAAUGAUGACAUCAGUGCCUCCAGGGACGGAUUGUGUACACUACCUAGACCAGUACUACCGCCGGUCUCAACGGUCCCUCUUCCAAAUCUACCACCGCCAUCGCGUCCACCUCCAGUAAUGAUGUCCAGUCAACCUCGAAGCUCUUUUGACUUCAAUCCUUCGUUUUUCUUGCAGCAACAAUAUCCAUCCGGGCACAGUGGUCCGUCUACCUCUGGUCCUGCUCCCCCCAGAGUGUCGUACCAGGAAAUUAUGGCUGCGAACAGUGCUAGAAUUCAACAAAAUGUCCUGGGUGGACAGAUAAGUGUGCAAGGUCCUCGAUCUUCAAACAUAACUGUGCCACCACCACCCGGAUUUGAACACGAUGGUCCUUUUAUCUCUGGAAACAUGCCCCCUCCGCCCGGACCUCCACCGCCGGCGCCGGCGGCCUACCCCUCUACUAAACCUCAAUCUGAUACUUACAGCUCAAAUCUGCCUCAACGAAUUCAGACAUCACCGUCUUAUCCGGUUGGAUCUGAAUUCUCUACUCCUGCGCCACCACCAAAUUUCGCGCAGCGCCUUCUAGCCCUGGGCCAUGCUACUAGCCUUCAUCAGGGACUUCGUAAUACUGGGCCGACAUUACUACGAGAACCAGACAUGACAGGUCCUAACAGCCCAGGUAGUCAGUACAGAUCAGCCCAAGAGCGUCAACAGUGCUCUCGUACGCUCUCUUUACUUGAUUUUCCCUGUUCGCUCCCUCCCCACGCCAGUAUGCAGCGUAUCACUCCAUCCCCACUCACACUUCGACCACCGCCCUCUCCACUUUCGUCCCUAGCACCAAGCUUGCUAGCCACCUCGCCUUUUACCACCUCUCAUAAUGGCAUCCCAGUUCAGAUCUUUUUGCCCAGAAUCCUCAUCCCCUCUAACACCAUUGGUCCAGGCGGAAUGAAACUAGGCAACAGUGGCUGUGCCGAAACAGAUGCUUUUCUACUCGGAUAUACGCACCCUCUAAGCGGUAAAAUCACUCUUAGUCGCGCCGUCUUCUUACCUUUGGGUGUGUGGAUCAAUGCGCAGGAUAGGGUGCGAAAAGGCAAGUACAAAGUAUUGGAGAGCUACAUAGCACCGAAGAGAGAUACUUCAGUCUCACAUCGUGCUGUUUACGAGAGGGUGAGACAGGCUUAUGAUCUUAUGAAGACGGGAUCGCCGGCAGCGAGAGAGUGGGAAUUGACGAAGAGGUGGAGGGCUAGUAGGGGGAGGAUGAAGGAGACCCAGAGAGGUGCGGUCUGGGAAGGUUGGGCUGUGGAUGUUGAUAGGGAGAUUGCGAUGAGUAAGGAGGAUAGGACGGGUGCGUUUGUGCAAGAUGCGUUGAUCGAUGGGAUUGAUGAAGAUAGCGAGGAAGUCAGAAGGAGGAAGGAGAUUGACGAAUUGCUUGAGACAGACGAAGCAUGGGAUUAUGGAGAGGAUGAGGAUGUGCAUAUGCACGGCUAG